UCGCCGCACUCACACCCAUCUGAGCUUGUCGAUCCACGCCACCCCCGCCGGCCACGAUCUCGGGGUCUACAGCAUCCCCAGAUCCUGUAAAGAGUGUGCAUAACAACGCAGAGCGUUGUAGUAACACCUAAAGUCUCCCUGCAGUCUCGAUAUCCGACGUUACAGGGAGUCAUGUUGCUGUGCAUUCUCAAACGCGCAACAACUGCGCCAUGGUACGAACUGUACGGCAAGCAAUUCCGGCGGAACCUUGGCUUGAUCGAUUUCAAUGCGAGCUCCUCCUCAAAGUCAAACCCGUCCGAAGGCCUGCCUCCAUCUCCUCACAUUGUACCGAUCCUGCGCACACAAGUCCUCGUGCCCAUCGUGAUGCCCGGUUUUGUAUCACACGUCAUCUCGGAUAGUCAACGACCCUCAGCGCUCCUGCCAAAUCGGCUGACCCAGCUGAUCGGAUUCGGCCUAGCAUGCGACGAACCUCCCAACGGCACAAGUGCCGAAUCCCCGUUCGUGAGCCUAUUCGACGAGGCUUUCGAAGACAUUGAAUCUCCUUUCGUGUACGCUACCGGCAUGGCCUUCGAUCAACUCAAUUCGGCAGUGCCACAUGCGCAAGAGCUUCAAGGUCUCAAAGAGAGAAUCAGGAUACAGACGGAGGGGAUCGAGAAGCUCACGGCCGAGCACGGGAAAGUCAAGGAAGAGCGUCGGAAGCUCGACAUUCACUUGCAGGAGGUCCUGGAUUCCAACGACGAGUCACUCAAGAGGGUCGACAUGCUUGUGCAAGCCGGCGUCACCUUACCACGUUGGGUUAUGGAACUUGCAGAGGAGCUUCGCAACGACAAAGUUCAGCUCCAAGCGGAGUUGAAUGCUGCGUAUGGAAAGGAGUCGGACACGGACGCUGUCCGGCAGGGAGAGUUGGCUGCUGCAGGAAUCCUACCAGGUCUCCACAGCGCGUUCAGGCGGCGGAUGCGUAAGGGAAGCGGAGAGCAGUCCAGGUGUGCGUGUACGGGUCGCCUUCUCGAAUUCCCCAUCGAAGGGUACAUGAACUCGAGCAAGCUCAAAUACCUAAUCAUCGAUGAGGCCGACCGCAUAACUAACGACUUUGGACAUCGCAUCUCGGAGUUCCAAGCUAAUGCGACUUUCAAGAUCAUCGCUUUCUCUGCCACGUCCAACUCUGCCAGCGAGCCGCGGCUACCACUGGCAGAGCGUCGGUCAGACGACUCCGUUGGACAUUGCCAAGAGCUUCGAGGAGCUCGUUCGCCAGCUCUCGUAUCGGCCGCUGCGGUCGGCGUGGCGUGGCGUCAAUUGACGUGCUCAUCGUCGAUCCUUCUCGCACGGGUGAUUCUAGGAUCGCGAAGCAGUACAGCGGCCGUGCUUGAAAUCUGUCGUCUAGUCAGAGACAACAAGGUUGUGGAGAUGAACGGCUCUCAGGGCAUGUUCAUCACUUUCCCGCCGGGUGGUGAUGGAGGCAGUGCUGGGUCCCAGGGUGAAGGUGCUGCUAAGCAGGACGAUUAUGUGUCCUCCGGCGUCGCUGCAACCGAGACGGCCGACCGCAAUUCCAUCAUCGGCCAGGUUGCUUAA